CGCGUCUUCCCCUCUUCUAGAAUCCAUUCUCUUACCUUUCCCUCGUCUUUCGCCAGCCGUCAUUUCCCCCCUUCAUUCUCUUCAUUCGUUUUCUCUUCUUUUAGCUUGGCUUUGCUGCACAUGGGACUCUCUUCAGAGUCGAUUUCCCUACUCCCAGGCGCUCUGGGAUUCUUCCUGGUAGUGGUAGGGAGUGUACCGGCGGCGAGGAGUAUCAUAGACCGAUUCUCCAGGAAUGGGAAGCAACAAGAUGGGUCACAACUAGCUCACGAGUCCUACCAAGAUGAAGAUGGAGAAGCAACAGAAGAAUCCUUGCGUGCGUUCUCAGACAAAUGGCAGAGAGUUGCUAUUGCUUUCUUUUCAAUUGCUGGCUUCGCCUUGGCUCUGUCCCAAGCUAUUCUCAAUAGUGUUCACCUCUCCAUCCACUCUUCCGCCCGGCUUUGGAUCCUUGUAGGUGUAUGGCUCCUUUUGAUCGUUCAAGCAAUCGCGUUUUUCACCGAAUCAUGUCCGACUCGCCGCUUUGACCUUGGGCUUUGGGGAUUCGGGGCCAGUGUAUUGACAGUAGCCAUACCAGGUGUUGAGUUCUGCAUCAGCAGUUCUGUUAGAUAUCACCUGGCACAUGAGCAGCUGUCCACCGGAUUAUUAUGUGCGCAGCUUGGAGCCGCUCUUCUGCGAGGAGUGUUUUGUCUGUCCCUUCCACGCCGGCCAGAGGUUUAUCUGAAUGGCAAAAUCGUCGAUCUGCAAAAUUCAGUCUCAUUUUUGAGCCGAUUUAGUUUCACCUGGCCCGGCAAAUUGCUAGCUUACACCAUUAAGAAUAAAAACAUCAGCAUCGAUGCACUUCCUGUGUUGCCAUUUGCGGUUCGCUCCAAGACCCUUCAUACGCGCUUUGAGCAAUUCCGAGAUCCCACCAAGAAGCUAUGGAGGACCCUCAUCGGCUUCCAUUAUCGAUCCUUUGUUGUACAAUCAAUCCUCACAUUCAUUAAUUGUGUUUUGAGCUUUGCGCCCCAGAUAACCCUGUACGGCAUCUUAAGGUCCAUGGAAGCUCGAGACGCUGCUCUGCCUGGUCAGGAGCAACCGUGGCCUUGGGUUAUUGCACUCGGGGUCUUGAUGUUCUUUGCUUCCAGCGUUGAAUCCUGGCUGUUCUGGGUCAUCUACUCGGAAAUUGGCAUUCCGAUCUAUGCCGAACUUGCGGCAGUCAUAUUUGCCAAGUCAAUGCGCCGAAAGGAUGUAAAAUCUACAAAAAAGAGCAAGCAGGCUGGAACGAGCGAGUCAAAUCCUGCUGGAGACCCUGCAGAAGAAGAAGACGAAGAGCAACUAUUGAAGAAGAGUCGCCAGAGCACCAUCAGCCUUGUCGCCGUGGAUGCCAGGCGUAUCUCUGAUUUUGCGUCUUUCAACUAUCUAAUUCCAUCCUCUUUGAUUAAGAUUCUCAUUGCAUGUGGACUGCUCAUUCAGCUGAUUGGCUGGAAGCCUCUUGCGUGCGGGCUUGCAGUAUCCGCGCUGAUCACCCCUGUCAAUGUACAACUGGCGAAGAGGUUCACCAACACCCAAGGAGUUCUUAUGAAGCGCAGAGAUGAGAAGGUAGCCGUAGUAACAGAGGCAUUGCAGGCAAUUCGCCAGAUAAAGUUUUCGGCAUUAGAGAGUCAGUGGCAGAAGAAAAUCCAGGACAUCCGAAACAACGAGCUAGACGCUUUAUGGUCUGCAUUCCGUUACGAUAUUGGGCUUAUCCUACUCUGGAUUCUUGGUCCUCUGAUGCUCUCUGCCGUUUCUUUGGCUGCCUACGCCUUAAUGCAUGGCGAGCUGACCGCCUCAGUCGCGUUUACCGCGAUAUCGAUUUUUGGUUCGCUGGAAUUGUCGCUUGCAUUUGUACCAGAGCUCGUCACGAAAGGACUGGAAGCAAAAGUUAGCGCUGACCGUAUUGAUGAAUAUCUUUUCUCGUCCGAGAAAACCAACAAAACUUUGCCGGCUAAUGCCAUCUCUUUUGAUAAUGCUUCCGUCGCAUGGCCUUCAAAUGAAGAACCCGGCGAGGCGGAUACAGAGCCACGUUUUGUACUACAGAACUUGAACAUCAGUUUUCCAGCAAAGGGGCUGAGUGUUAUUUCGGGUAGAACGGGUUCUGGAAAGAGUCUCUUACUUGCUUCAGUGCUCGGAGAGUGCGAAAUUCUUCAUGGGACGGUUCGAGUACCCACUCCUCCACCCCUGAAAGAACGGUAUGAUCAUUUGGCCAAUGAUGAGAAUUGGAUCAUUGACAAUGCUAUUGCAUACGUAGGCCAAAUCCCUUGGGUUGAGAAUGCUAGCAUCCGGGAUAAUAUUCUUUUUGGUCUGCCGUACAAUAAGACACGCUAUGAGAAUGUUCUGUUCGCUUGUGCUUUGGAAAAGGACCUACAGGUGCUUCCUGAUGGCGAAAUGACCGAUAUUGGAGCGAAUGGUGUGAACCUCAGCGGUGGCCAAAAAUGGCGCAUGUCAUUUGCUAGAGCGCUCUACUCCAGGGCUGGAAUCCUUGUUAUGGAUGAUAUCUUCAGUGCCCUUGAUGCCCAAACCGGUCGUCAUGUAUACGAACAUGCACUUACUGGAUCUCUUGGACAUAAUAGAACAAGAAUUCUUGUUACUCAUCACGUUGCCCUAUGUUUGCCUCGCACUGACUACUCCGUUCUUCUUGAGGACGGAAAACCCAAGCACGCUGGCACCAUCGCGGAGUUGAGAAGAACAAAUAGCCUUGCAGAUAUUCUUCUGCAAGAUGAAGAUGCCGAGCGGUUCAAUCAUCCUGCGAGGGAGGAUCAAGAGUGUGUCAAUGAGGAGAAUGCUGGGCAAAAGGAUAUCACAAACAGACCGCGCAGAAGCACAAGCACCUCUGUAGGUCGGAACGGAACGGCGCCACACGAUGACUCGAAACCCAAGAAGUUCGUCCAGGAGGAAAAGAGAGAGACGGGCUCGAUUAAUUUUUCUGUCUACUUAACUUACUUCAAAAGUGGCGCGGGCCUACCGCACUGGUUGCUCAUAAUUUUUGCCUAUAUUUUGUACAGUGGUCUGAUUGUUGGAAGAGCAUGGUGGGUCAAUAUCUGGACCAGUUCAGUGGAACAUCAUUCGAAUCAAAACCAUUAUGCGACUUUCAUGACCCAAGCAAUGCAACGCUUUGCGACCGUCAAGACUAGCGAUAGCCUAGGCUUUUACCUGGGCAUUUACGUCGGCUUAUCAAUCAUAGCUUGUUCUGUAGGUACAGUCAGAUACUUUCUGGUUCUAUCAUCGGCAGUGCGAGCUUCAAAGAAUCUAUUUGAGACCUUGACUUUUGCAAUGCUCCGCGCGCCCCUUCGGUGGCUUGACACUGUUCCAUUAGGACGAAUUCUGAACCGCUUUACAUCAGAUUUCCAUGCUAUUGAUUCCAGGCUUGGAUACGAUUUGGGAUUUGUUAUCAAUAAAUUCCUUGAAGUCAUUGGAAUUAUGAUUGCAGGAAUGCUUGCUUCCCCACGGCUAAUCUUGUUCGCGGUCAUUCUUCUUGCCCUCUGCUUGCAGCUUUCAUUGACAUACCUAGCCGGUGCUCGUGAAGUCAAGCGACUAGAAAGCACGGCCAAGAGCCCAGUCUUUGAAUUAUUCGAUUCCAGCCUUGUGGGGUUAAUCACAAUCCGCGCUUUCACCAAGGCUGAUACCUAUCUUGACAUCAUGUACCAAAAGAUCGACCGCCAUGCUGGAGCAUGGUGGAACUUGUUGCUAUUCAAUCGAUGGCUAGGCUUCCGCAUGGGGGUUGUUGGUGCGCUUUUCUCGACAAUCACUGCCGUGCUUGUGGUUUACCUCCCGGGAAUCACUGCAUCACUUGCAGGAUUCGCUCUCAGCUUUGCUCUGCAGUAUAAUAGCGCCGUCUCUGCCGCACUCCGCCAGUACUCAAACGUGGAACUCAACAUGAAUGCCACUGAGCGUGUGAUUGAGUACUCAAAGAUUCAGAUCGAGAGCCAAGAUGGCACAAGCCCACCCGCUGCCUGGCCCACAGAAGGGCAAUUAGAGGUUGAAGAUCUCGUGGUUAGCUAUGCACCCGAAUUGCCGCCUGUUUUGAACGGUCUAUCCUUUACUGUUACCAAACACCAAAGGGUUGGUAUUGUGGGCCGCACUGGUGCAGGAAAGUCAUCGCUUGCCCUGGCCUUGUUCCGGUUCCUCGAAGCACGGCAAGGUCAUAUCUACAUCGAUGGCAUUGAUGUGUUCAAGAUCAAGCUCCAUGACCUUCGCAGCCGGCUGGCUAUUAUCCCCCAGGACCCGGUGCUCUUCUCCGGCACUGUGAGAUCUAAUCUAGACCCAUUCGACGAAUACGGUGAUUCUGAGCUCUAUGAUGCCCUCGAGCGCGUGCAUCUGAUCUCUGCAGAUGAGAACAAAACGCUAUCGCAGCCUGCGACCGAUGCCUCUUCUACAAGCUUGGUGAAGCCCACAAACGCCUUCAAGUCGUUAUCGUCACCGAUCUCAGAGGGUGGAUUGAACCUCUCGCAGGGCCAGAGACAACUUCUCUGCCUGGCGCGUGCGAUUGUUUCGCGUCCCAAAAUCAUGGUUCUUGACGAAGCCACCUCCGCAGUGGACAUGGAGACAGACAUGCUCAUUCAGCAGUCCAUCCGUGCAGAAUUCAAAGCGACCACCCUCCUCGUGAUUGCUCACCGACUGAGCACUAUUGUGGAUUUCGAUCGAGUUCUCGUUAUGGAUACCGGCCGUGUUGCCGAGUUUGGUACCCCGCAGGAGUUGAUGAAGAUUGAACAAGGAAUCUUCAAAAACCUGGUAGAGAACAGUGGUGAGAAGACCGUGUUGGAACAGAUCAUUUUUGGAGAGGCUGGAGAAGCCAGACGCACGAGAAUGAGAUAAGUCACCCAGGUACUACGAAGCCCUGCAAAGGUAUAUAGCAGGGGUCAUGAGGGUUCUGUAUUGAGUCUUGCGCACUAGAAUGCCUAAGUUGGAACAGUUUUGGCCUACUCUCGUUAACUGGUAUCGAAAUAAAUGCAUCAAGUAAGAGCCAAUGGUGUUAACUCAGGUCGAUAGGAAAGGGGGUUGGAAGUGUAAGUGUAUCUACCGUAUAUUUAUGCUAGUUGGUAUAUAAUUUGAUUUCGAUUAAACACG